AUGUCUCUGUACAGGAGGAAGUCCAACCGCAUCGGGUCGCUGGCAUCUGCCCUGGAAGAAGAGCGUCUCGAACUGGCGGAAGAGUUUGAAAAAAGUCGCAACGUUGCUUCCCCACGGAAUCAGAGCUCAUCUGCACGGCAUUUAUUGGAUAUCGCUCCUGCCCCCGGCGCCCUACCACCCCGACAUGGGUCGAUUGCCGGCAUUGGUGUGGGCGUGACCCCCCCCUCGACUCGACUCAACUGGCCAGAUCCUCCCCCGACCGCCGCGCUAUUGCGUGCGAAUAAUACGUCGUCGGGAACUCCGUCUCCCACAUCACCCGAGAAGCCAUCCAGCCACUCCGCGACUACUACGACUCGCAGAUUCAGCGACCACUCGGCGUGCGAGAAGAAGAAAAAGGUCACAGACAGUAAGGCUGAUAACCCCGACAGUACAAAUAACACCACCACCUCCACAACUCCCACCACCAACAACAACCCGAAUAAUAAGCCUAGACCGAGCAUUCGCUGGGACGAUUCGGUCGCUAUGUCACCCAGUGCCACGUACGGUAUCCCCAGGCGCAUCAACAAGCCUCCGGAGAAAUCGUCCAAUAAGGCGCUGCAGGGCAGGAAUGCAAUGGCAGCGGUGAUGUCAGGCCUCGAUCUGAGGGUCGGCUUGCCCAGCUUUACCAGAGGCAGAGACUCUGGGCGCAACAGCCCAACACGGGGAACCUCGCUGGACUCGCGGCUCCCUGCCUCCCGCACGGGGCGUUCCAGUCCUCCUAGGAACCGAUGGCUCAGCCCGAACUCUCGCAAUUCCACCUUGAAUUUGGGGAAAUCGACUCCCAACAAGGAAAAACCAGCAGAGAUUGAGAACACCGACAAACCGCAGUCCAAACCGGGAUCUCGUCGUAGCUCCUGCUCCGAUGUCGAGGGGAAACUACCUACCCCUUCGGAUGAGCGUCUGGAGAAGGACAUGUACGACAGUGAGAACAAUCCCAUUGAAACUAGUGACGAAGAACUCGAUGACUCUUCAUCGAGUGACGAUGAGCCUGCGACGGAGCGUGGCAGAAAAUCGACUGUCGGAGGGACUGAAACAGGUACUGGAAAGGCCGGCUCACCGUCUGGUGAGACGGAAGAAAAAGAGUGCGCGGAGGAGAAGUCCGACUUUUUGCAUUCUUCCAAACAAGGCCCAAUCCCCAAAAGACCCGAUGUUCACCCUCGAACUAGUUACGACGCGGCGUCUGCACCCACCACACCGUUUGGAUCUGACGAUGAAGCCGAGUUGUCUGAUAUCAAACGAGCCCAACAACUUGGGAUCCAGAUGUCCGCCAUCGAUAGCUCUGUCCACAGUCGGUCGAUUCGGACCAUCAUCCGCGGAGACUAUGCCCACCUGUCGGAGGAAACCGAAGGUGGCCGUCGCCGACAGCGCAAAUACAUGGUUGCUACAGACCUGAGCGAAGAGUCAGUCUAUGCUCUGGAAUGGACGAUUGGUACGAUUCUUCGGGACGGCGACACCAUGUUUGCCAUCUGUGCAAUCCAUGAGGAGGAUCCCAGACCGAAGAGACGACCCGAAAAAAACGAUUCAGCUACUAACCUAUCCCGUGCACUACUGGGCCGGUUGGGAACCGGGACGGAUAGCAAACCGGGCUCCGUUGAUUCUCGGGGGAUGUCGAAAGCAGAAUCGGAACGAGUUCAUGCCGUUGAGGUCAUCUCUCAGACAUGCGUUCGGUUGUUGAGGAAGACACUACUACAAGUCCGGGUGGCCGUGGAGGUGAUCCACUGCAAGAGCCCCAGACAUAUGAUCACCGAAGCGAUCGAUGGCCUCGAUCCAACACUGGUCAUUGUCGGCGCCAGAGGUCGGAGCGCUUUGAAAGGUGUUCUCCUUGGAUCGUUUUCCAAUUACCUGGUGAUGCAUUCUUCGGUCCCCGUCAUGGUGGCUCGUAGGAAGCUGAAGAAACAGUCAAAGAAUAAGAAGACGAAUAUCCGUCUAUCCAACAAUCUCUUAGCCCCCAAGAAACUAGCGUUUGCGAAAGUGGAUUAA